UGUCUUCUUUCCACCAUCCUUCACUAAGAUUUUUAAAAAAUGAGACUUCUUUCUCGUUUAUAGUGCUUCUAUUGGUCGACAUUUUGCAACUGAUUAGACGUUGCAGUUCCAAAAUGGGAAGCGACGCCGUUACACGUGCGACAACUGUAAGUGAAAAGGAAGUGCUGUACUUUAAGCAACUUUGUGAAAACUGGUGGGAUGAAGACGGAGAGAUGCUAUUAUUGCACAAGAACAGCAAACUUUUAGCGCCUUACCUUAGAGAUUGUAUAAUUCGCAAUGAACAGGUCACAGCGGAAGUUGCAGGCAGCAGUACACCAUUGCAAAAUGUGAAAAUUCUGGAAGUAGGCUGUGGAGGUGGAAUUCUAUCCGAAAGAAUUGCCGAAAUGGGAUGCGAGCUAACGGCAAUAGACGUCACCCCCGAACUGCUAGAACUGGCAAAAGCGCACGCGUCAACCAACCCAACAACGUCCAAAAUAAGGUACAUGGCGGAGUCGGCCGAAAACCACGCGGAAAACAACGCGCAAAAAUACGAUGUCGUAGUGUCCAGCUUCGUUUUGGAACACGUCGAUGACAAAGACUACUUCAUUAAAUCGUGCACGAAGUGUCUCAAGCCCAACGGAUUGCUAUUCCUAACAGCCGUCAGCAAUUCAUUUUGGAGUUGGUUGAUUAAUAUAAAACUCUUUGAAAACGUUUUGGGGCUCAUACCUAAGGGAAUGCACGAUCGAAAACAGUGCAUUGCUCCGCAGGAGACGCAGCAGUUGCUGAUUUCGAAUAACUGCGAAAUAAUUGACGUACGUGGAUAUCUGUACAAUUUGCUUAACAGAAGGUUUUUUUGGACACCCCCGUCGCUUGCUUCGUUACUUUACAUUGUGCAGGCUAAGAAAAAUGAAUUUUAAUUACUAUUCACUGUAUUGGAUGUAUUAAAUAUUUCCGCCCACGGGUAA